CCUGGUUUAUAGAUGAGAAAAAUACAAUUAUAUCCAACUUUAUACAACUUCAUUUUGAUAUCGGAGAAAUCGCAGUGUAAUUUAGUAAUCUGCCAGUUAGUAGUGUAUCAUUCGGUUUUACACACUGAACAAAGAUGUUAAACGCACUGAGAGGGUCCUGAGCUGAGGGACUGAUAGGGGCUGAACGCAGCAGCCGGUGGGCUUGAGAUAACAGACUAGAACACACUUCAACCAUACAGCACCAAGAUACACAACCAACAGGAGCAGCACAGGAAGAUGUAAUUGAAACCGCAUCCAUGGAUAAAAACAAGCCUUCUCGUAUGUAUUUUAUCGGCAAGAAAGAAGAUUUUGAUCAGGCUAAGAGGAUGAUUGUGACUCUGGAUGGAAGAGAUAUUCUUAUUAUAUAUCACCAAAGAACUUUCUAUGCAAUGGACCUGCAGUGUUACCAUGCCGGCAGUAGUUUGGAGCUUGGAGAUAUUGAGGAAAUCAACAAAAAGCUCUGUAUUGUGUGCCCAAAGCACAAGUAUAAGAUCACUCUGGCUGAAGGUGAGGGGUUAUACAAGGCAGCCAACCCUGCAGAAAAGCUCUCUACUCCACAGUGGUUUUCCAAAGGAAUAAAGCAGAGAGUGCACAAAGUGACGGAAGUAGACGAAGACAUCUUUGUGACAUUGUCCAACUGCCCUGGGUGGGUUGAGUCAGACUAUUAUCAGACUGAGAAGGGCAGGGCAGAACUGAGAAAAGCACAGGAAUCCAAGGAUGGGGAUGAAGAUGCGAAUGCAGAUGAAGACGUUUAGUCUUGCAGCAACCGUGAGACGAGAGCUCCAGGGAUCCUGAGGGGACUGCAUAUAUCAAGAUUGAUGAUUUCAGAGUCGGUUUGCAUGCAUAAAACGACGAUUUGACAUCAUGAAUCAAAAUAAUUUCAUAGUCCUUUUUUGUGUCAGUGCCAGGAUCUCUACAUUGCCAUCAUUCAGUGAUGCCUCUGUCAGCUCUGUUUUGUUGGAUUUUUUUAAAUAAAUGAGUAUAUGUAUACUAAA